AUGGCAGAUAGCAAUAUUAGCGAAAAAAAUUCUGCUUUACGCUUUGCUGAUGUGGGUACACUACCGAAACGAAUGUUGGCACCAAUCGAAGGUUAUGCAAAAUUACCAGUUGUAUCGCUCGAAGAAGCUGUGAAACCUCUUGUCAAAAUCGUGCCUAAAGUCGAACGAAAUGUAUUCGUAGUCAAACAGAAUUGUCAAGAGCCAGAAGAUGGCUUAACAACUGAUGAAUCGGCUUCGAUAAUGCUUUACACCUAUGAAUCGAUGCCACAUGAAGACUCCCUGUACGUAAAGCUGAACGACACUUUACGAUCUGAACAAAGAAAAAAUUUAAUCCCAUGGUUUCUCUAUUUUCGACUCGUACUGACGGCGCUUGCUCGUCUUCCAUCAAAGCGUCGCUCCGUUUUUCGAAGAGUUAAAGAAAAUUUGUGGACUGAUUAUCCCCUAGGCAAGAUUUUUAUUUGGUGGGGAUUUUCAUCAUGUACAUCAUCGAUUGGAGUUUUGGAAAAUGAACAUUUUUUUGAGAAAACUGGAAGCAGUACUUUAUUUGAAAUAGAGUGUACUACAGCAAAAGAUAUUAAGAAACAUUCAUUCGUGACUAGUGAAGAUGAAAUACUUUUAUUACCUGCCAGACAACUUCAAGUCACAUCUUGUCUCGAUUCUGGCCAUGGACUUCAUAUUGUACAACUCACAGAAUUGAAACCACAGUUCGAUCUUCUUGAGCCAGUGCCAUUGCCAAGUCCAUCAGUCGAACAAAAGAAACACUCGCAAGUGACAUCUCAGCCGCCAACAAUAGCAACAACGGUUGUAGCUAAACCUAUUGCUGAAGUCAUGGAAAAACAAUUUGCAACAAUGCAAUUACAAAUGAAUACAAAGUCACGAGGUCAGUGA